CGCUGUACUGCAGCAUGAUGCGGUUGUGUAUAAUUCAGUGUGUUGUGCUUGGAUACAGAGCUGAAAGGAAGACUGCAGUACACACACCGAGUAUUCAUGCGAGAUUUUUGCUUAAGCGGAACCUGUGAAAUUCCUAUAGCAGCAGCAGGAAAAAAAAGCAUUCAUCACUCUUCUCAGUGUGGCUCCAAGUCUGUGCGCAGUAUGCUGUGUGUUUGUCAGAGGCAGCUCACUAUAUUGGCCCUAUCAACUCAAAAAGAAUGAAGUUCACCCGGAGAGCCGGCACGCAACACAAAUGACAUCUCUGAUACUCAUCAAGAAGAAAUUGUGGAUCUGUUUGAAGAAAACCCUCUUGGACAAAUAGUAAGAAUGGCGAAAGAUGGGUAACCUACAGUUCAUCUCUGACCAGUUGCAGAGAGUACUUAUUAUUGAUCAAGAGGCAAAAUUCUGUUCCUAUCAGGAUCAGCACCUGUUUGCUCCCAAACAUUAAAUUCACAUUGCAUCAGGCCUCUUCUUUUAUUCUUUACAAGAGGACAAACUACUAGUGGACACAGGUGGCUUUGUGGAGACGAUACUUCCUAUGCUGACCUGUCAUCUGCAUCAAUAAGUGGAGACACUCACACAUGCAUAAGCUACCCGACUAUUCUGCUGAUUAGUCUUUACAGGAGUGCGCUGCAGACAUGGCCAGCCAACAGGAUUCAGGAUUUUUUGAAAUCAGCAUCAAAUCCCUUUUAAAAUCAUGGAGCAACACAUCCCCAGUAGGAAACGGAUACGUCAAGCCUGCAAUCCCACAGGACUCCAUUAGCCAGAGUGACAAAAGGCCUCCAACCAUGAUGCCCGUCAGCAUAGAUCCUGACAGCAAGCCAGGAGAAUAUGUCCUAAAGAGCCUGUUUGCUAACUUCACAACGCAAGCAGAGCGGAAGAUCCGCAUCAUUAUGGCUGAGCCUCUAGAAAAGCCUUUGUCAAAAUCUCUCCAGAGAGGGGAAGAUCCUCAGUUUGAUCAACUAAUUAGCUCCAUGAGCUCACUGGCAGAAUAUUGUUUGCCUUCAAUUCUCCGCACCUUAUUUGACUGGUACAAGCGACAAAAUGGAAUUGAAGAUGAAUCCCAUGAAUAUCGACCAAGAGCCAACACCAAGACGAAAAAUGAUGAACAACAGAAAGAUUACCUACUCGAAAGGAGAGACCUGGCUAUUGAUUUCAUUUUCUCUCUAGUUCUAAUAGAGAUAUUAAAACAGAUUCCCCACCAUCCUGUACCAGACAGUUUGAUCCAUGAAGUUAUUAUCUUGGCAUUUAAGCACUUUAAAUAUAAGGAAGGGUAUCUUGGGCCCAACACUGGAAACAUGCACAUUGUAGCAGAUUUAUAUGCAGAGGUAGUGGGUGUCUUAUCACAGUCCAAAUUUCCAGCUGUGAAGAAGAAAUUCAUGGCUGAGUUAAAAGAGCUUCGGCAAAAAGAGCAAAGUCCUUAUGUUGUACAAAGCAGUAUUAGCCUCAUUAUGGGUGUCAAAUUCUUCCGCAUUAAGAUGUACCCUGUGGAGGACUUUGAAGCUUCAUUUCAGUUUAUGCAGGAAUGUGCACAGUAUUUCUUGGAAGUUAAAGAUAAGGAUAUCAAACAUGCACUAGCCGGACUGUUUGUGGAAAUUCUGGUACCAGUGGCAGCUGCAGUUAAAAAUGAAGUGAAUGUUCCUUGUCUUAGAAAUUUUGUUGAAAGUCUUUAUGAUAACACAUUGGAGCUGUCAUCACGAAAGAAGCAUUCACUGGCUCUAUAUCCUUUGGUCACCUGCCUUCUCUGUGUCAGCCAGAAACAGUUCUUCCUUAGUAGAUGGCAUAUCUUUUUAAAUAACUGCCUAUCCAAUCUGAAAAUCAAGGACCCUAAGAUGGCCCGCGUUGCACUGGAAUCAUUAUACAGACUUCUGUGGGUAUAUAUGAUCAGAAUCAAAUGUGAAAGCAACACAGCGACCCAGAGCCGUCUCACUACUAUCAUUACUACGCUUUUUCCAAAAGGAUCUCGCAGUGUUGUGCCUAGAGAUAUGCCUCUUAAUAUCUUUGUAAAAAUAAUCCAGUUUAUUGCACAGGAAAGACUGGAUUUUGCAAUGAAAGAAAUCAUUUUCGAUCUUCUGUGUGUGGGGAAAGCUGCUAAAGCAUUUACUCUUAAUCCUGAGAGAAUGAAUAUUGGUCUGAGAGCAUUCUUAGUAAUAGCAGACAACCUGCAGCAGAAGGAUGGCGAGCCCCCCAUGCCAAACACUGGAGCUGUUCUGCCCUCAGGCAAUACCCUCAGGGUCAAGAAGACAUACUUGAGCAAAACAUUAACUGAAGAAGAAGCUAAAAUGAUUGGCAUGGCUUUAUAUUAUUCACAAGUGCGAAAAGCCAUUGACAACAUCCUUAGACACCUUGACAAAGAAGUAGGACGUUGUAUGAUGAUGACCAACGUCCAAAUGCUGAAUAAAGAACCUGAAGACAUGAUAACCGGUGAAAGAAAGCCAAAGAUUGAUCUCUUCAGGACAUGCGUAGCUGCUAUACCUCGAAUACUGCCUGAUGGCAUGUCCAAGCUGGAGCUCAUUGACUUGCUGGCACGACUGACUAUCCACAUGGAUGAUGAGUUACGCCUUAUUGCCCAGAACUCUCUUCAAAGCCUGCUAGUUGACUUUGCUGACUGGAGAGAGGAUGUGCUCUUUGGAUUUACCAACUUCUUAUUGCGUGAAGUUCACGAUACUCACCAGGGCCUCCUAGAUACCUCUUUGAAGCUACUGCUUCAGCUGCUAACUCAGUGGAAGCUCACAAUUCAGACUCAAGGGAAAGGUCAUGACCAAACUAAAAUACGAACAUCAGAGUUAAUACCGAAUGGAUCCAAUCACCGUUUGCAGCCAGAAAGAGGCCCACAUUCCAAUGUGCUGCAUGCUGUGGAGGGAUUUGCACUAGUGCUACUGUGCAACUGCCAAUCAACUACCCGCAAAUUAGCAGUUUCGAUCUUAAGGGAGAUCCGGGCAUUGUUUACUUUAAUUGGGCAGACUGAGGAUGACGAUAAGCCAAUGGUUGAAGUUAUGGAUCAGUUGAGUUCUGUGGUUCUAGAAAGCUUCCUUCAUGUUGCUGUUUCUGAUUCUGCCACUUUGCCCUUUGCACCCCAUGUGGACCUUCAGUGGCUGGUGGAGUGGAACGCAGUGCUGGUCAACAGCCAUUAUGAUGUGAAAAGCCCAUCUCAUGUCUGGAUAUUUGCACAGUCUGUUAAAGAUCCAUGGAUCCUUUGCCUUUACAGUUUUUUAAGACAGGAGAACCUGCCUAAACACUGCCCCACAGCACUAAGCUAUGCCUGGCCCUACGCUUUCACCAGACUGCAACUCUUAAUGCCAUUGGUGGACCCCAAUAGCCCAGUAUAUGCAAAGAAAAUGAGCACAGCAGGCAGUGUGGACAACAAUGUGACCCUUUGGCGAAACUAUCUUAUUCUUUGCUUUGGAGUAGCAAAGCCCAGUAUUAUGAGCCCUGGCCAUCUAAGAGCUUCAACUCCAGAAAUUAUGGCCACCACUCCAGAUGGGAGCUUCAGUUAUGACAAUAAGGUAAUAGGAACUCCUUCAGUGGCAGUGCUGUUAAAGCAAUUAGUUCCACUCAUGAGAGUCGAAAGCAUUGAAAUCACAGAGUCGCUUGUCCUAGGAUUUGGAAGGACAAACUCACUUGUGUUCAGGGAACUUGUUGAAGAGCUUCAUCCUUUAAUGAAAGAAGCAUUGGAAAGAAGGCCAGAGAAUAAGAAGCGUCGUGAGCGCAGAGACUUGCUGAGACUUCAGCUGCUGAGAAUUUUUGAGCUGCUGGCUGAUGCAGGAGUUAUAAGUGACAACACAAGUGGGGCUUUAGAGCGUGACACACUGGCUUUGGGAGCUCUUUUUUUGGAGUAUGUCGAUCUCACAAGAAUGCUUCUUGAAGCAGAAAACGAUAAGGAUGUGGAAAUCCUCAAGGACAUCCGGGCACAUUUCAGUGCCAUGGUGGCAAACCUGAUACAGUGUGUGCCAGUCCAUCAUCGGCGAUUUCUUUUCCCACAGCAAAGCCUCAGACAUCACCUGUUCAUCUUAUUCAGCCAGUGGGCUGGUCCAUUCAGCGUGAUGUUUACACCUUUGGAUCGUUACAGUGACAGAAACCAUCAAAUCACCAGAUAUCAGUACUGUGCCCUGAAGGCGAUGUCAGCUGUACUCUGCUGUGGACCUGUUUUUGACAAUGUUGGGCUCUCCCCUGAUGGAUACCUUUACAAGUGGCUGGACAAUAUUCUCGCAUGCCAGGAUUUACGUGUACACCUGCUGGGUUGUGAAGUAGUGAUCUUGCUUUUAGAACUGAAUCCUGAUCAAGUGAACUUAUUCAAUUGGGCAGUGGAUCGCUGCUUUACUGGAUCUUAUCAGCUUGCUUCUGGCUGCUUCAAAGCUAUUGCUACUGUAUGUGGGAGCAGGAACUAUCCAUGUGAUAUAGUGACAUUGUUGAACUUGGUCCUUUUUAAGUCAUCAGACACCAGCAGAGAAAUCUAUGAAAUCUCGAUGCAGCUGAUGCAGAUUCUAGAAACAAAGCUGUUUAUAUAUUCCAAAAAAAUUAUGGAGCAGAAACCAGGCAGUGUUCUUUAUGGAACACAUGGGCCCCUGCCACCCCUUUACAGCGUGUCUUUGUCACAGCUUUCCAGUGAGUUGGCUAGGAUGUAUCCAGAACUCACACUUCCAUUGUUCUCAGAGGUCAGCCAAAGAUUUCCUACUACACAUCCAAAUGGGCGCCAGAUCAUGCUGACCUACCUGCUGCCCUGGCUUCACAACAUUGAGCUGCUCGACACUGGACUGCUCCCCCCAGCAUCCAGCCCCAGCACACCAGAGGAUGAGCAGAAAGGACGGCAAGAGAGUGUGGGCUAUAGCAACCCACUUAAGGGAACGGGCUGGGGCUCUCUGCAGGCCACAUCGCUUGUUCUGAAUAACCUGAUGUUUAUGACAGCCAAGUAUGGUGAUGAGAUACCAGGACCUGAAAUUGAAAAUGCUUGGAAUGCGCUUGUGAGCAACGACAAAUGGAGUAACAACCUCAGGAUUACUCUCCAGUUUCUUAUUAGCCUGUGUGGAGUUAGUAGCGACACAACGCUCCUGCCUUAUAUCAAAAAGGUGGUGAUAUACCUGUGCCGCAAUAACACCAUUCAGACGAUGGAAGAACUGCUGUUUGAGCUGCAGCAGACUGACCCUGUCAAUCCAGUCGUCCUGCACUGUGAUAACCCUCCAUUCUACAGAUUUGCCGCCAGCAGCAAAGCCUCUGCUGCAGCUUCAGGAACGACAUCAAGCAGCAACACAGUUGUUGCUGGCCAAGAUAGCUUCCCAGACACAGAUGAAAGCCGUUUAAUGAGGGAGUCUGAUGAAAGAUUCAGUAACAUGAUCAAAGUUCACACAAGAUUGGAGUCGAGAUACAGCAAUAGCUCUGGAGGAUCCUAUGAUGAAGAAAAAAAUGACCCUGCUCCACCCUACACUGGCUGGUUGAUGAACGUCAUGGAAACAAAUCAGCCACAGCCGUUGCCAAUGCCUAUCAGUGGUGGCUGCUGGGCACCACUAGUCGACUUCCUCCCAGAAACCAUCACCCCAAGAGUACCCCUACACAGAUGUAACAUAGCUGUUAUCUUCAUGACUGAAAUGGUGGUUGAUCACAGUGUCAGAGAGGACUGGGCGCUGCACUUGCCUCUUUUACUCCACGCCUUGUUUUUAGGCCUUGACCACUACCGUCCAGAGGUUUUUGAGCACAGUAAACGGCUACUUCUUCAUCUGCUGAUUGCGCUGUCUUGCAAUAACAACUUUCAGAUCAUCGCUUCGGUGCUUCUCCUCACCAGAGAAAUGAGUGAAAGUAAAACACUGACUGUGAAGUCCACCUACCAGCCAGAAUUCGUAUACACAGGCAGCUUUGACUUCCUAAGGGAGUACCAGACAUCCCCCGUGCCGGAUUCGGGACUAAGCUCCAGUUCCACGUCCUCUAGCAUCAGCCUGGGAGGCAGCAGUGGAAACCUCCCACAGAUCUCCCACGAGAUGGAGGAUAUCGAAACAUCGAUUGAGUCUGAUGAAAAGGCCAACAAACUCAUUGAGUUCUUGACGACAAGGGCAUUUGGACCCCUUUGGUGCCAUGAAGAUAUUACUCCCAAAAACCAGAAUUCAAAAAGUGCAGAGCAACUCACUAAUUUCCUGCGACAUGUUGUUUCAGUUUUCAGAGAAUCUAAGUCAGAUUUCCAUUUGGAACAACAGUUAAGUGACGUUUCUUUGCAGACUGCGCUUUCCAGCUCCUCAAGGCAUUACGCAGGCCGAUCUUUCCAAAUCUUCCGAGCUCUAAAACAGCCCCUGUCAGCACAUGCAGUUUCUGAUCUGCUUUCACGCUUAGUUGAAGUCAUUGGAGAACAUGGAGAUGAAGUGCAAGGCUAUGUAAUGGAAGCCUUGCUCACACUUGAGUCUGUUGUAGAUAACCUGGCGGACUGUUUAACUAAUGCCGAUUUAAUGGCUGCUUUAUCAAGAUCAUCUUCACCUGAUUUUCUGACCAACGGUAAGCUGGCAAUAAGCCGUAAGAGUACUGGCCAGCUAAAUCUGACCUCGGGGAUCGUGGGCACUGCCGUUGGUACAGCUGAGCGCAGUCGGCAUCAAAGGAGCUUCUCUGUGCCCAAGAAAUUUGGUGUGACUGAUAAGACUUCGGACCCUCCCAGGAGUGCCACAUUGGACCGAAUCCAGGCCUGUACGCAGCAAGGCGUUUCAUCAAAACCUCGAAGUUCAUCUUCUUCAAAAGACAACAUUACAGACACAGCUAACAUCAACCACCCAACAAAUCUUUUGGCUACCAUCUUUUGGGUAGCGGUUUCUUUAAUGGAGUCCGAUUUUGAGUUUGAGUACCAGAUGUCACUGAAACUUCUACAUAAGUUACUGGUCCAUAUUCCACUUGAUAAAGCCGAAAAUCGGGAAAAGCUUGAAAAACUGCAAGGGCAGCUGAAGUGGGCCAACUUCUCUGGGCUUCAGCAGUUGUUGCUGAAAGGCUUUACUUCAGUUGCAACCACAGACCUCACUCUUCAACUCUUUAGCCAGUUGACACCAAUUUCUCGAGUAUCAGUGGUGGAUUCCUCUCAAGCUCUAGGGUUCCCACUGAAUGUGCUUUGCCUGCUUCCUUAUCUCAUUCAGCACUUUGAAUGUCCAACCCAUUUCAGUAAGGAUGUUGCCGACCGGAUCACCCAGGUUUGCAUUGAAGAGAAGAACACCAAACUGUCAAACCUUGCGCACGUCAUGACUCUGUACAAGACCCACACGUACACUAGAGACUGCGGUACCUGGGUGAAUGUCGUCUGCCGGUACCUUCAUGAGGCUUUUCCUGACAUCACCUUCAAUAUGGUUACAUACAUGGCCGAGCUGCUUGACAAAGGUCUUCCCAACAUGCAGCAUUCGCUUCUUCAGAUCAUUUAUAGCCUCCUGAGCCAUAUGGAUCUGUCUGGAAUCCCUGUCAAGCAGUUUAAUAUGGAGGUCCUGAAGAUUAUUGAAAAAUAUGUUCAGAGUAUUCACUGGAAAGAAGCUCUCAAUAUUCUGAAGUUGGUGGUGUCACGUUCUGCUACUCUGGUAUUGCCUGCUUACGCACACAGUGACCUGCCCCACAUGGAACUAAAAGUGUGGAACAACCCCUCCAAAGAACUGCCUGGAAAGACAUUGGAGUUUCACUUUGACAUAUCAGAGACUCCAAUUAUCGGAAGAAGAUUCGAUGAUCUGCAGGGUUCAGCGGGACGAGAUGGCAAAACGAGAGCCAUAGCCGUCACGCGAAGCACAUCCUCCACUUCUUCAGGGUCAAAUUCAAAUGUGCUGGUGCCGGUGAGCUGGAAGAAACCUCAGUCGUCUCAGAAGAGGACCAGAGAGAAGCUUGUUAACGUCCUAUCACUAUGUGGCCAAGAAGUUGGACUCACUAAGAAUCCCUCUGUCAUUUUCUCUUCCUGUGGAGAUCUUGACUUGAUUGAGCAUCAGGCAAGCUUAGUGCCUUCUGAAGACGGCAACAGGGACCCGGAGAACAUGGAUGAUACCACCAGCGAGCAGCAGUUUCGGGUCUUCAGAGAUUUUGACUUUUUAGAUGUGGAGCUGGAGGAUGGAGAGGGCGAGAGCGUGGAUAACUUUAAUUGGGGUGUGCGACGUCGCUCUCUAGACAGCCUGGACAAGAGUGAUUUGCAGCUGCUUGAAGAGGGUCAGCUCUCUGGAAGUAUGCCCAGCCUGAACAAAAUGAACCACGAAGACUCGGAUGAGUCGUCAGAGGAGGAGGCCUUCACCGCCAGCCAGAUCCUGUCUCAUUCGCAGCUUAUUAUUAACCUCUCACCCUCUGAGGAAACCAGUCAUGUGGAUUCUCUCUCCACCUCCUUUGAAACCACCUCAGCUGAUCCAAACUCCUUAAACACAAGAACUCCUAGCUUUGAAGUCUCUCUUCCCGAUGACUCUAAUCAGCAGGCAAAUGAGGGGUUAAAGGCCGAAGUGUCCGUAGAAGAGGAGGACACAAACGUCCAGGAAGAUGACUUUUCGCUGUCAGUCAGUGAGCUUCCUCCUGCUUUUGGGAGCAGUGACAGCUUUCCUUUAGACAUGACAGAAGCUGAAGGGAAGGCCAGUGGAGAACUUGAACAUGCUGUCCUGUCACGUUUUAGGGACGAGGAGAGAGAUGAGUUACUGGAGGCCCGAACGUCACCGCCGCCAUCGCCGUUCUUCUCUGCUAUCCUGGCAGCCUUCCAGCCUGCUGUGUGUGAUGACGCAGAAGAAGCCUGGCGCAAUCACAUCAAUCAGCUGGUGUCUGAUUCUGAUGGCUCGUGUGCCGUCUACACCUUCCACGUAUUCUCAUCACUGUUUCAGAACAUUCAAAACAAAUUCUGCUCACUCACCUGCGAUGCUGCUAGUUAUCUGGGAGACGGCCUUCGUGGAAUAGGAACCCAGUUUGUGAGGUCCUCUCAGAUGUUGGCCUCCUGCUCAGACUGCCCAACUCUGUUUGUGGAUGCUGAAACGCUUUUAUCCUAUGGCCUUUUAGAAAAGAUGAAGUUUAGUGUCUUGGAACUGCAAGAAUACUUGGACACGUACAACAACAGGAAAGAAGCCGCAAUUUCAUGGCUUAAAAACUGUAAGGCGACAUUUCCAAAAGUUCCAGUGGACGGAGUGAUCACCUGUCAGCCGGGGGACUCUUUGGAGAAGCAAAUGGAAUCACUGGCACAACUGGAGCUGUGUCAGCGGUUGUACAAACUCCAUUUUCAGUUGUUGCUACUUUUUCAGUCCUACUGCAAGCUGAUUGGACAAGUUCAUGCAAUAAGCACUGUUCCAGAGCUGCUAAACAUGUCCAGAGAGCUGAGCGACUUGAAGAAUAGUCUGAAGGCUGCUGCCAUUCAUGUAGCGAAUGAACUGCCCAGCAGUGACAACCCAGCACCCGAGCCUAUCUUCUCGUCGUCUGAAGCAGCAGUGCAGUCCGUGUUGGAGUGCCUGCGAAACAGCGAGUUCACAGCCGCAGUCCGCUACAUCAGGGAGUGCAGACGUUUAUGGCCCAAUGACAUCUUUGGAAGCCACGCUGAAGAUGAGGUCCAGACUCUCCUCAACAUUUACUUCAGGCACCACACCCUGGGACAGACGGGCACCUUUGCACUGGUGGGGUCCAAGCAGGACCUGUCUGAAAUCUGUAUGAAGCUGAUGGAGCUGAACGGAGAGAUUCGGGACAUGAUUCGCCGAGCUCAGGGUUAUCGGGUCGUCACAACCUUUCUUCCCGACUCGAGAGUUUCCGGCACAAGUCUCUGACAGGAGGACAUGGUUUCCUGCCUUCUGCUUCCGUUUGGAAAAGCUGCAGCACUGGAGUGAAACCUUUCAACGUGGCCUCACUUUUGGAGAAACUGGCGCAUGCUGUUGUGGUGAUCGGUACUUUUGAGUGUUGCUCUGGCGGAACAUUUUCAGGUCAUCGGAUGUGCAGCAAUACUGUUAGUGCUGAGGCGACGUAAACGGAGGCUGAAGAAAAUGACAUUACUUUGCUCCUAUUGCACUAAUAAUUAUUUAUUAUUUCAAGGAGUGUCUACCACUUGCUACUGAGUGACUUUUACACUUUAUCAGGAUAUACCAAAGUGAUAUUAACUUCUUUUGCUUCGAAUAUUUACUGUAUUAUGUGUUUUAGAAAGGGAGUCUUUGCAACUUGGAGACGAAUGUUGUGAAAUUCUGCUGAAACGAGUACAGGCAGAAUGAAGCUCAUUUCAUAGUCGGGUGAAAGCUGAGGGCCUGUCUUUGUGAAUCCAACCCUAACCGAACUCUCGUUCAUUUCACGACAUGUGACGAGUAGCUAGUAGGCGCUGUGGUGAAGCACUUUUAGGUUGCCAAGCUGCUGUUCUACAGAGACAAUUUACUUACUGUACGUGCGCUCCUCUCAUUGCUUAACGGAGCGACUUCUGCUCAUUUGUUUUUGUUUUUUUAUGCGAUUGGCUGCUUUCUACUAAGUAGGUACUUUACUGGAUUUCAGGUGUAUUUCAAAAGACGCACGCUUCUUGGGGUGUUUAUCAGAAAGAAGUCACAUUUGGUCAUCCCGUCUUUUUAAACUGCGGAGCAUGCCUAUUUUGUGUACUAGAAGACUGGAUUAUACAACUCUUCAGACUCAAAUUUGAGUUCACGCCUGUAAAUAUCGUGAGUACUAGGGUGAAGGGUGGGCCUCUUGUGCGGCUUUAAAUGUAUUUAUAAUUUGUGCUGUCGAUUAGUACAAAUAUCUGCGCAUGUAAAGAA